AUUUAGAUGGGGGGUCAAAUGUCAAACACUAUCAAAUUUCACAGUGUUUCUUAUAAAAAGGAGUUAGUGAUGUGGCAGUAAGAGAGAGAAGAAAAAACGCAUUCUUUAUCAAUUUUAACGCUAUUGAUUUAUUUUACAUUGCGAUUUUGAAGGAAUUAUUCAGUAGAAUCUACACACUGUUAAAUUCACAAAAGAUGGCUAGAAUUCUUUUGCAUCUGUUGAUGCUGAUUUCUACAACGAUUCCAAGUUUUUGUUUUGAAAAGGAUAACAAAGAACUGCUACUUGUGACCAUAGCAACAGAAGAAAAUGAUGGGUUAAGAAGAUAUAUAAGAAGUACAAAGAAGUAUGACUUGGAAACAAAGGUCUUUGGUUUAGGUUUGGAUUGGCGUGGUGGGGACAUGACCAACACUGGCGGGGGUCAUAAGAUCAAUAUAUUGAAAGAAGAACUGUCCCAGUAUAAAGACAGGAGUGACUUGAUUCUUAUGUUUACAGACAG